AUGAAAGAGGUGGAAAAGAAGAAGCGCAACGGGUUUUACCAGCUGAACCAACUACAUGAACUGUGUAAGCGUCGUAAACCGUGUGAAUCGCGUAAAGGGAGUAAAGUGCACGAAAGAAACGCGCCACCCCACGCAACACACCCACAAGUGAGCAAACACAGCCAGGGAGUAACAGGUCAGGCUCGAAGUCGGGCUGGAAAUCACACUGGAAGUUGCACCUUUCACAACAAAGUGACCUUUUUGGAGGGCCAGCCGACCUUCCCCCACGUUUCCCCCUCAACUGGAAAGCAACUGUGUUUGCAGAGAGCGCUCUUCUCCUCAUGUGCGCGUGCGAGGUUUAGAGAUUACACCGAAUUAACGAAGGAAGAAGUGAACGACUUGGUGUGUCACUGA